GUCCACUCUCCCCGCCGGUGUGCGUCAACACGCGCCUUCCUCCGCUCUCGGGACUAAAAGCGCACGCAGCUGCUCUCCUCCCCCUCUCCUCCCUCUCUCCUCCCCCGGUGCUCGAGACCGCGCCUGCAGGAGGGGAGCUCGCACUUCUCGCUGCGGGGAUCAUCUCACCCGUGAUGCACUUGAUACGGGAACAAAAAAGAAAAAAUACACUUUUUGUCAUCUGGAAAACGCAGUAGUUAACAAGUACCGUUUGGUGGGGGAACCGAACCGAACUUGCACAUCCUCGCGCGCCGGUUUGCAUUGAUGUGUUUCACGUGUUUGCGCUCAACAGUGAGGCAGACGGGCACGUUUUUACGCGAGUUGUCGGCGGUGUGAUUUGUUACCCUCCCUCGCCCCCUCCCCUCCCCUCCCCUCCCCUCCCUCCCUCCCUGUGGAUGAGGCUGCUGGGGGUCGGUGUCUGAGCAGGAUCCGCCUGUCAAAGGGCUUCGUGACUUCUGUGGCGCUUCACACGUGGAGGAGGAUUUAUUUCCCCGGAGAUGCUGCUGUGGCUGCACCUAUUGUGCUUUUUACCUCUGACUGGAGCGGCUCCUUCUCUCACAAAUGAGGAGCUGGACACCGGGGUGGACUGGCUGAGUAAGUUCGGCUACCUCCCGCCCCCUGACCCGGCAACCGGUCAGCUUCAGACCAAGGAGGCCCUGACCAAGGCCAUCAAAGCCAUGCAGAAGUACGGAGGGCUGACGGAGACGGGAGUCUUAGACCAAGCCACUCUGGGCCUAAUGACAACACCCAGAUGUUCCUUGCCAGAUGUGUCUGAGGCCGAGGACACAGCGGGCCGCAAGAAACGGAGCCCGACGCCUCAGAACAAAUGGAACAAGAGACAUCUGUCCUGGAGAGUGAGGACCUUCCCCAAGGAUUCGGCCCUGCUGGGCAGGGACACCGUCCGGGCCCUGAUGUACUACGCCCUGAAGGUCUGGAGCGACAUCGCGCCGCUCAACUUCCACGAGGUGGCCGGCAGUGACGCCGACAUCCAGAUCGACUUCACCAAGGCCGACCACAACGACGGGUAUCCCUUCGACGGGCCGGGGGGCACGGUGGCCCACGCCUUCUUUCCCGGGGAGAAGUUUGCGGCCGGGGACACGCACUUUGACGAUGACGAGGCCUGGACCUUCAGAUCUCCAGACUCUCACGGGAUGGACCUGUUUGCGGUUGCGGUCCACGAGUUCGGUCACGCCAUCGGCCUGGUCCACACCUCCGCCAUCGAGUCCAUCAUGAGGCCGUACUACCAGGGUCCCAUCGGCGACCCCCUGAAAUACGACCUCCCCUACCAGGACAAGGUCCGCGUCUGGCAGCUCUACGGUGUCCGAGACUCCGUGUCCCACACAAACCGACCAGGCGACCCCUCCCAGACGGCCGAGCCGCCCGUCCUGCUGGACCUGCCCGAAAACCGAUCCACCGUCCUGCUGGCUCGAGAUGCCCCAGACAGAUGCACCAGUCACUUUGAUGCAGUGGCCCAGAUACGAGGAGAGGCCUUCUUUUUCAAAGGGAAGUACUUCUGGCGACUAACGAGAGAGAAGCACCUGGUGUCUCUGCGUCCCGCCGAGAUCCACCGCUUCUGGAGGGGCCUCCCUCCCAAUCUGGACGGCGUGGAUGCCGUAUACGAGAGGCCCGGGGACCACAAAAUAGUCUUUUUCAAAGGUCUGAAGUACUGGGUGUUUAAGGACACCAUUGUGGAGGAGGGCUACCCUCGUCCGAUCAGCGACUUCGGCCUGCCCUUGGAAGGGGUGGACGCGGCCUUUGUUUGGUUACACAACGACAAGACGUACUUCUUCAAGGACGGACACUACUGGCGCUACGAUGACCACCUGAGACGCAUGGACCCGGGCUACCCGAAAGACAGCACGCUUUGGAAGGGGCUGCCGCCGCAGCUGGACGACGCCAUGAGGUGGUCGGAUGGCUCCUCCUACUUCUUCAAGGGGAAGGAGUACUGGCGGGUGCCCAGCAGCGACAUGGAGGCGGAGGCCGGGUACCCGCGCCUCGUCGCCAAAGACUGGCUGCUGUGCACCGAGAUGCAGUCGGACUCUCCGGACGCGGAACCCAAGGGCACGGAGACGAGGGCCAACGUGCACCGCCGACCGGACCACGCGGACAACGGGUACGAGGUGUGCUCCUGCACCUCCGACACCGCCUCGCCUUUGGGGGCGCGCCCCUCCCCUUCGCCCCUGUGGCUGCUGCCGCCCCUCUGGACGCUGUCGCUGGCCCUGCGCUCAGAGCCGCUAUGAUGCCAAAAACGCGGGACGGGCGUUCCUGAGCCGAUUGGUGAUGGUGGUGAAGGGCCAGAAGCUCGGUGGAAGCAGCUUCUGACAAUGUCUCUGGUAUCCUUUUGUGUUAUUUAUUUUACAGGUCAUGUAGUGGGCUCUGCCAGCUUAAGUAGUCGUCAACCCACAUAUGCUUUACAAAGUGUUUUACUAAAUGGUCAAACUGCCUCAUGCGCAGAAGGAAAAUAUUAGUAAGAUUAGUAAGUAGUUAAGUUAAUACAUUUUUGGAAUAUAUUCCAAUUGCUGCAAUGCCUCAUGAACGUUAAGUUAAAGGGAUCCUUGGAUGAAGGCAGGUCCAAAGGUGAACAGGGCACCAACACACACACACACACACACUGUGGCUUAUUUCAUCAAAUUAUAGCAGAUACCUUAGUACAAGGUAAAGUUCACCAAAAUUUGUACAAAAUGAGUUAAAAUAUUGUCAGCACUUUUUUACACCACGACCUACAUGAACACAUCUCUGAUAGUAACUCAAGUAGUAAGCCAUCUUACUAUGAUGUAACGGUUUAUGCCUCUGCUUCAACGCAGUGGAGUUAAAAGGAAUGUAUUUGUUCAGUUCAAUGCAAAACUACACAUUGUCUUUGCAAAAACAAUGCGGUUGUAGCUCAGUUUGAGUCAUCAAGCUCACUGGAUGAAUUCCACAUUUGAAACUACUUUCAAUGAAAAUAGUUUGUUUGUCGAUUUUCCAGAGUAACGGGAACAUUUUUAAUUGGUAAUAGUUGUUUAUUUUGCAAACGUUUUACUGUGAGAGCCUUAAGGAUGGAAGGAUGUGUAGGUGGAUGGACUGUGGGCACCAGUUUCCUUCUCUCGAUUGCCUUUGUACGUAUAUGGUUUUAUAAUUUCCACCUCUGGUUGAAAAUGCAUUCCCUCUUCCAGCUUUAGUUAUAUCGUUUGUAUCAAAUUCAGAUCAAAUAAUCAUUUAUCCUGUUUAUUCAACAUUGCUUCGAUCAGGCCACAGCUUAUGAAGACCCUUCUGAAUGAGUCACAACUUGGUCCGUGGAUUUCUUCUUGCUGUAAAGAUAUAUUUACCUAAUAGAUUGAUAUAUGUGAGUUGAAGGGUUCUGCACUCAUUGCAGAACCGAGUGGACUGUGUAUAUUUUAAGCUGUGUUUUAUAAUGUAAAAUAUUUUUGUAGAAAAUUAAAAAAAACAUCUGAAUGACUUUA